CGAUCGACAGGCAACAGUACUCCGUCGAACGGCAUACCGAGCACAUCACACGUCGUCGCCCUUAUCACAGUACACAGUAUCUCAUCAGUGUUAUCAUCGUCGUCGUGAAAACUACCAACAGUGUCACAAUAAUAUUGUUUUUGUUAUUAUUAUAAUAUCGUCGUUCGUUAUCAUUCGUUGUAUAUUUACUUCCGGAUCCGAUACAUAUACAAACCGCGAUAAAAUGGCUUAUCUGUCAAACAGCUUCGACUUCGAACACAUGCAAAACUCUACCAACUGGGAGGCCGUCCACAAGAAACGGUCUUUCGUCGCCCGAAAAAUGCACAAAAUCAACAAGACUAUCAAACCGAUACUGAGAGCGUUGUGCCGCCGGAACGCCGUGACUCCGGCCGCCCAACAGGACGGUUCGGCUCUGGACCCGCGGGGCCUAUCACCCGAAGAGCUGGAGAACCUUCAGAACGAGUACAUCGAACGCAAGCUAUCACAGGCGGUCGUGUACGACGAGGACGACUAUUACUCGGACACGGUCAGCAUCGAGUCCGGACUGGGCAUGUCGUUCGAGGAACUCCGACCCGCCGACCGCAGGCAGCUCGUAUCUUUGUUGCCGGAGGCCGGGUACUACAUGUCCCGCGAUUUCUGGUUCGAAUCGGACUCCCGCACCGCCGGCCGACCAUCAUUCACCAGCCAACAGACGCCCCAGAGACAGCAACCCUGCAGGUACUAAUAGUGCACCAAGUUGCUGUCGUCCGUCUCGUCCGUCCGCCCCCGAAAGUCUUUCACAAAUUGCUCAAAACUCGUUUCUAUAAUUUAUUAUACUAUACAUGUAUAUAAUGUGUGUUUGCGUGCGUGUGUAUUUUUAUUUUUUAUUUUUUAUUUUUAUGUUUUUUUGUGGUAUUUAUAAUACUGGGAUCUCUAAACAGUGUAAACCAUUUUUACCACCUGUAAACGUGUUCGUAUAAUAAUAUAUUAUAUAUUUAUCGCACUAUAUUGAUCAAUUUCGAUCAGCGAAUAUAUAAUAUUUAUUAUAUACAAAUUAUAUUAUUAGAUUUAACUUUGUUUAUAUGAAAGAUAUUUUAUCGUCUUGCGAUUCUUUACUGAUUAUCAUUAUAAUAUAUUGAUUUUUUUUUUAUAUGUACUUAAGACUUAACAAUUAUAUUUUUAUUUUUGUUUUUAAAAAAAUAUUUGUACAAUAACGUAUUACGAAUUUGUAUGUAUAUAAAACGCUGUCGUAUGCAUUAUUAUUGUAUUUGUGAUAAAUAAUUGUUUUUUCAACAGCGAUUCUGUGAUUCAAUUUUAAUAGCUGCAGUUAUCUACAACUAACUGCGGUUGUUGACUGAUAAUGUUUAUAUUAUAUUAUAUUAUAUUGUGUUCCUUUGUUAUAAAUAAAAUUGAAAAAAAUCAAUUGAUUUUAAA